AAAUUGUGUGGCACUCCAUACUGCUAUUUAGGGGUGUCUCUGACAAACCAACGGUGUCGGUGAUUCCCCAUUCCUCUCCCUCGAAGAGAGAAAAAUAAACCAAAAAAUAAAUAAAUAAAAAUAAAAAUAAAAUUUAUAGGUUUUUCUCUUUCAUUUGCUUUCAAAUUUUCUUCUUUCGAUUUUCAAUUUUUCCAAUUUUAUGAAUUCUGAUUUCUUCGAUUCUAUAUUGUACUUUAAAAUUUUUUUUUUUCCCUGUACGAUCCGAGUUCAUAGAAUCCCAUUUAGAUCAAUCGGAUCGGAACCAAAACCCUAGAAAGAAGACGAAAAAAAGAAAAAAAAAAAAUGGCGGCAGCGAGGCGGCUCAGAGACCUUCAAUCGCAGCCAGGGAACAAGAUCUGUGUGGAUUGCUCACAGAAGAAUCCGCAAUGGGCUUCGGUCUCCUACGGCGUCUUCAUGUGCUUAGAGUGCUCCGGAAAGCACCGUGGACUCGGUGUCCACAUCUCCUUCGUCCGAUCCGUGACCAUGGACUCCUGGUCUGAGAUCCAGAUCAAGAAGAUGGAAUCUGGCGGCAACGAGCGUCUCAAUUCGUUCCUAGCUCAAUAUGGGAUCCCCAAAGAGACCGAUAUCGUCACCAAGUAUAAUACCAAUGCGGCCAGCGUUUAUAGGGAUCGGAUUCAAGCCUUAGCCGAGGGUCGACCAUGGAGGGAUCCACCGGUGGUGAAGGAGAACAUUAGUGGUGGUAGUGGUGGUGGUAGUAAUAGAAAGCCUCCUUUGGCUCAUGGAGGUGGUGGUAGGAAUGGUAAUUUUGGGAAUAAUGGAGGGUGGGAUAAUUGGGAUAAUGAUGAUGGGUUUAGAUCCUCUAGCGAUUUGAGGAGGAACCAAUCGACAGGUGAUGUUAGAGGUGUUAAUGGAGGUGGAGGAAUGCCGGCGAGGUCGAAGUCGACGGAGGAUAUCUACACGAGGUCGCAGCUGGAGGCUUCGGCGGCGAAUAAGGAUAGCUUUUUCGCUAGGAAGUUGGCGGAGAAUGAUUCCCGGCCGGAGGGCAUUCCACCGUCGCAGGGUGGAAAGUAUGUGGGAUUUGGAUCGGGUCCAGCCCCUGCUCAGCAGAGGAAUAAUUAUAAUGCUCAGGGAGAUAUGUUCUCUGUUGUUUCUCAGGGUUUUGGGAGAUUAUCCGUGGCUGCAGCUUCUGCAGCUGCAUCGGCUGCUAAUGUGGUGCAACAGGGCACAAGAGAGAUCAGUACCAAGGUGAAAGAAGGUGGCUAUGAUUACAAGGUUAAUGAAACUGUUAAUGUUGUAUCUUCAAAAACUUCAGAAAUUGGACAGAGGACAUGGGGAAUAAUGAAAGGAGUCAUGGCAAUGGCGUCGCAGAAGGUUGAAGAGUAUGCUAAAGAUGGAUGGAAGGCUGAUAACUGGCAACGUGAUGAUAGCGAGAAAAAUGGAUAUUAUCAGGAGUUUAAUCGGAAUUCUUCUUCUGGAGGAGGGCAGUCUUCAUCAAGUGGAAAUGUUAAUUCUUUCAGCUCAACUUCUUGGGAUGAUUGGGACCAGAAAGACAACCGGAACGAAGAAGUGACAAAGGGAACAGCAUCAAAUAAUAGUGAUGGUUGGGCUGGCUGGGAUGAUGCUAAAGAUGAUGGAUAUGAUAGUUACUACCAGAGUGCAACUGAUAAGAAAACUGUUGGCCAUAAUGGGAAAUCGGAUGCUACAUGGACAGGGGGAGGCUUUCUCUGAGGUAGAAUUGUAUAUCCUGUUUCCAGUGAAUUCAUUGGUUUACCAACAAAUAUAGUCAUUAUGCCAAAGAUGGUUAUGGAAAUUUCUAGCGGAGUGCUGUGGCAACAACCUAUUGGUUUCAAAUGGAUUUUAGAUCCCAUGUUGAUAGGGGACACUUUUGUUCAGGUUAAUAUAUUGUUAUUAACCCUUUUAUGUUUCUCUUUCAUAUCUUUUAUUUUUGAAAAGGUUUCUGUGUAAGUUAUUGGGGACCUUUUGUGUGUUUGAAAGUAGUUUCAAAUGUGUUCCCCCAAAAAAGAAAAAAAAAAAAAAAAAAAGAA